GCGGCGGCGGCGACGGCGGCGGCGCUGGCGACAGCAGCCCAGCUGGACCGGGACCGGGCAGCGGGAAGCUGACGUACGAAGCAACGUGAGUGAGGCGCGAGGGCGGCACCCAAGCCCGGGAAGCCCGGCUCGGCGCGAACCGCGGUGGACCAGACCCAGGUCCAGGCUUCCGAGGCCCCGCCUCUCGGGUUUUGGGACUAAUCGGAUUGAGAGCGCGCCGGCCCGGGCCGCGAACUCGCCAAUUGCGGAGGGCGUCGGCCACCGCCCAAUCCGAAGCAGACAGGUGCGAGGUCCGGAAGGCGGAGACCAAUCAGCAGCGGUUGCGGCCUGUUGGGGCCGGUCUCGGCCAAUGAGAAGGCCCGAGUGACAUCUUCGCGCGCCAAUCGGGAGUGAAGGAGCGUUCGUGCCCGCCCGCCCUUCCGGCCUGAGCUCUAUUUACCAGGGGCGUGCUGCCGGCUUGCCAAUCAGAGCGCGGCUGAGCGGCCAGGCAGCCAACCCGGGAGGAGCGGCCGGCCGGCGUCUGCCGCACCCAGAAGUUGGGGAUGUCCUACAAACCCAUCGCCCCCGCCCCCAGCAGCACCCCCGGCUCCAGCACCCCUGGGCCCGGCACCCCGGUCCCUACAGCCGGAAGUGUCCCAUCGCCGUCGGGCUCGGUGCCAGGAGCCGCUGCCCCUUUCAGACCACUGUUUAACGACUUUGGACCGCCCUCCAUGGGCUAUGUGCAGGCAAUGAAACCACCUGGCGCCCAGGGCUCCCAGAGCACUUACACCGAACUGCUGUCGGUCAUAGAGGAGAUGGGCAAAGAGAUCCGGCCCACCUAUGCUGGUAGCAAGAGCGCCAUGGAGCGCCUGAAGAGAGGCAUCAUCCAUGCCCGGGCGCUAGUCAGAGAGUGCCUGGCAGAGACAGAGCGGAAUGCCCGCACGUAACAGGACUCGACUCCGCCUCAGCAUCUGGACCUUUCCUGGCCACUGCAGAGCACCUGCUUCUCCCUGGCCUUCACCCCGAGUUGCACUUCCCAUCCUGGGCUUCCUGUUCUGUGUCCUUUGGUGGGUGCCCUCCAGGAACCAGUGGGCGGCUCUCGCUCCAGUCGGCAGCACUAACUGGAAACCCCCAAAAGAGUUAGCAGCGAGGUCACUGUGAAUCCCACCCAUGACCUGCCAACAGUGUUGAUCCAACUGGAGCUUCCUCCUUUCUGUGGCCCCCACCACUCAGCACUUACCCAGGACUUCUCACCACUUUUCCCAGACCCCUUCUCCCCAGCAGGGCCUCAGAAGGCCUGUCGCCUCCCUGCCCUGUCUCCUGGGCCGUGGCGACUCUUUUCUCAGUGUGUCUUUUGCUAAAUAUGCCCUUUUUGUAUGAAUAAAAGAUAAUUUGGAGUUGUUCUCUCA